AUGACUAUAAGAGGAAGCAUAGAAGACACAUUAUCUGAUGAAUCCAACACAGAAUUACCGAAUAACGAUAACGACGAAGGUACCAAUAGUUUGACAAAUAACAUAGAUGGACCAAUAAAUCAGCCAGAAAAUGACGGUGGGCAAGAAGAUCUACUUAGGGCCUCUCAAAGGAAAACUCUGACAUCAUCAGAUGUACCCAUAUAAAAUUUAGUUUACAAUUGUCGAAAACAAUGUGGUGACAAAAAAUGCAAAUGUGUAAUAAAUGAGAUUAAAUGUAAUAGUAAAUGUCAUUCAAGUACUUCUU